AUGGAUGAUAUGGGGGGUACCCAACAGGCCGCAACUGCGGCUGAAAUCCAGGUCUCCCUGGAAAAGUGUGCCCAGCAGAGACAGCACUACUAUCAAGGUCUUCGCGCGCUCUCAAUCAGAUUCGAGGAAGAUGACACCGGUGCAGAACAAGAUCUUCCAAAAUUCAAAGUCUUGCUCGAACCGAUCCACGAACACCUUUCGCGGGGUCUAAAGCAAUGUCUUGACCCAUGGCUUGGUCGCUAUUUAGUGAUCACCCAUUAUUCAGGGCAUGGGGCCGUGGGACCACUUCAAAGACUCUGGUUUAACGCAAAGCCUCAUUCAAAGCCAAAAUUUACCUUGAACGCACUUACAGGAAGCGUGGUGUACUCCUUUCAGGCGUCGGAGGUGCCUAUAGACGCUGUGUUCAUCAUAGACAGUAGCGAAGCAGGGUCAGCGAAACUCAAUAUGGAAGUAGAUGAUACCUUUGAACUUCUAGCUCCUGUCCCUGAGCAAAAAACGGCCUCUCGUACCUUGGGUGCGCAAAACCAAAAACGAACUCUCGCUGCCGAGUUAUCCAAUGCUUCAGCUGUUACUCAAAGCAAAGCGCUGUCAGUCGACUUUGCAGAGCACUUCGACUCAGCGUACAGCUUUUCAUUUGCAAAAUUCCCUGUCCACAAGCUCUUAUCAGGUCCGGUGUCUAUCCCACAGAGCCCAACUACCGCCAUCUAA